ACUCGAUGGUCAUCCUUUAAUGAGUUACCACUGUGGAUUCUGUGGCGUAUCUGGAAAAGUAGAAACUUGCUCAUGUUCCAAUAAAAACAUAUAUCUUGGCCUUGCACGGAGUGAUUACAACGAAUGCAAUGAUAUGGAAGAACGAAUACAACACCAAAAAGUCACCGGAAGUAAUGGAUAUCAAGAUGCUCGACGACAACAACAUCAACAGGACCAUCGUUUGAAUACACAUUGGCAACGUCCACCAACUACUUGGAUCAAAUACAAUUAUGAUGGCUCUUUUAAGGACACCACAACAAAUGGAAAGAUCGGAUGGAUAAUCAGAAAUGACAAUGGAGACUUCUGUGGAGCAGGUCAAAUACAUGGAGUGUAUGUGAAGAAUGCCUUUGAAAGUGAACUACAAGCUUUACUAGUUGCAAUGAAACAUUGCUGGUCUCAGGGUUAUCAAAAGAUAAUAUUUGAAGGGGACAGUCAACAAGUCGUUCAAGCUAUAGUAACACAAACACUACACUUCAAUGCAUACAACUGGAUACGAGAUAUACGAUGGUGGAUGAGACAAUUUGAAGAGGUCAAACUAAACUGGAUACCGAGAAUAGCAAACAAAGCAGCAGAUAUAUUAGCAAAAUCAUCCAUCCCAAAUGGAUCUAAUAGUCAUUGUUAUCGUUUUGUUCCUAAUAACAUUCUCUCUGUAUUCAUAGAUGACUCUGUAAGAUCU